UAUGCCCUUUUCCUCUAUUAUAUCACUACUUGGAGAGAAUUCAAAAUGACAAGUCUUGUUCUAGCUCAAUGGGACCUCCAGAAAAGUGCAAAUGCUUCGGCUCACAAGACUAGUGACUUUAUCACUCACCAACUUGUUGUGCGGAGAGGACAGGGCUUUAAUGUCACUUGCACAUUCAACAGGGCCAUGACUGGUGAUGAGAGUCUAUCAUUCACCGUUGAGCUAGGAAAGUCUCCAUCAGAAGCAAAGAAUACUCGGGCUGUUAUGAAAGUUUCCAGCACUGGGAAUAAAAACUCUUGGAAUGCCACAUCUUCACCUAGUACUGACGUUUCUAAGACCAUUACUAUCAAUAUACCGGCUACGGCAAUCAUUGGGUGCUAUCGACUGAGUCUGCAGGUGACCAGUGCAGGGAAUUCUACUACAAAUAGUCUUGGAGAAUUUUAUGUGCUGUUCAAUUCCUGGGCAACAGAGGAUGAAGUGUAUAUGGAGCGCAAUGAAGAAAAGGAAGAAUAUGUUAUUGAAGAAAAUGGACUGAUUUUUGUUGGCAGUGCCGGUUAUUACAGUGGCAGACAGUGGGCCUAUGGUCAGUUCGAGGAAGACAUCUUGGAAACCACAUUUGCAUUGCUUGACCAGAGUUUGGAUGCUAAGAAGGACCCUAUUGCUGAUCUCUCAAAGAGAAAUAGUGCAAUAUAUGUUUCCAGAGAGUUAAGUGCUAUGGUUAACAGUAAUAAUGACAAAGGAGUUAUUUUGGGAAACUGGAGUAAUAACUAUGCUGGUGGUGUGAGUCCCGCUGAAUGGAAUGGAAGUGUCAGAAUUCUCCGUCAGUGGCACUCUAGAGGACCAGUUGGGUUCGGUCAGUGUUGGGUAUAUGCUGGUGUUCUCUGCACAGUUCUCCGUUGCAUAGGGAUCCCAGCUCGUGUGGUCUCAAACUUUGAAUCUGCUCAUGACACAAACCGGAAUCUCCUUAUUGAUCAUUACUUUGAUCCAGAUAGAAACUCCUUGGACUCUGCUGACAGUGUUUGGAAUUUCCAUGUAUGGAAUGAAGGUUGGAUGAAGAGAAAGGACCUUGGAUCUUCUUACAAUGGGUGGCAAAUACUGGAUGCAACACCACAGGAACCUAGCAAAGGCUUAUUCCGCCUUGGGCCAUCAUCACGAAAAGCUGUCAAAGAGGGUGAUGUCAAUCUUGAUUUUGACACCCAUUUUGUGUAUGCAGAAGUGAAUGCAGACGUAGUAAACUGGCUUCUAAAGGAAGAUGGGUCCCGUGUGAAAAUAUACUCAGACUCUAGAUCUGUGGGGCAACAUAUUAGCACAAAGGCAGUGGGUGCCUUCUCUCGUGUCGACUUGACAAACGAGUACAAAUAUGCUGAAGAUACCAGAAAAGAGCGAGAAAUAUUUGAGAAGGCUAGGAAAAUAAUGCUUAAGAUGGAUUCUAUACCUAUGACCCGAAACCCAGCAGCAGGACAUGCAAUGGGAACUGGUCCAGUGUUUGAACAUGCAGAAGCCCCUCUGCCAAAACCAGACUUCACGGGGAGCUUCACAGUGAGCAAAGAGACACAAGUUGGAGAAGAUAUCAACUUUACUCUAACAUUAAAAAAUACUGCUGGUGACUCAAAGAAUAUUAAAGUAAACAUGACAGCCAUGGCAAUAGUAUAUACUCGAGCACCAAUCAAAGAUAUCCUAAAGGACGAGCAGUCUGUCAGUCUGGGACCGAAUGAAGAGAAGAACAUACCACUUACUAUAGCAUAUUCACAGUAUAGAAAUGCCAUCACAGUGGACAACAUGAUCCAAGUAAUGGCCAUUUGUGUGGAUGACAAUGGAGGGCAGCUAAUGACUUCUUCAGUGGCUAUAUUGAAGAACCCACCACUGUUGCUAAAGUUGUCUGGAGAUCCCAUCUUAAACACUCCAUUAACUGUGGAAGUUGUAUUUGUUAACCCACUUGAAGAGGAUGUUGAAAAUGGACAUGUUUUGAUUGAAGGCUGUGGUCUAGUGAAAAAUUUACUUUCAAUGCCUGUGCCACUUGUGAAGCCAGCCGAAACAUCCAUAACCAAAUUUGACUUCACUCCAUACAAAGCUGGCCUGAAGUGUCUCAUGGCAAAUUUCUCUUCUGACAAAUUCUCUGGUGUGAAGGCUUUUGAGAUGAUUACUGUUGUUGAUGCAGUUGUUGCAUAAAAACUGUAAAUUUGUCGUUGCUGUAACACAUUCCACAAGAGUGUUCUAAACUGCGAAUUU